GGCGCGGCGUGGAGGUGAGCGGGGGCCACAGCCCGGGCCUAGGGGACCCGUCGGGGUGUAAGCGGGCCAGGCUGGCUAGGCAGGAGCGGGCCUGGGACCCGAGUCGUUAGCGAGGGUUAGAGACAUGAGGCUGAGUUGGAUCCUGCCGGUCCUGUCCCUCUGCCUGAGUGCCCUGGCCACGGCUGCUACCGGGGCCGAAGGUGGCAAAAGGAAGCUGCAGAUUGGUGUCAAGAAGCGUGUGGACCACUGCCCCAUCAAGUCCCGCAAGGGGGAUGUGCUGCACAUGCACUACACGGGAAAGCUGGAAGACGGGACGGAGUUUGACAGCAGCCUUCCCAAAAACCAGCCCUUUGUCUUCUCACUGGGCACAGGCCAGGUCAUCAAGGGCUGGGACCAGGGUCUGCUGGGGAUGUGUGAGGGGGAGAAGCGGAAGCUGGUGAUCCCUUCAGAACUGGGGUAUGGAGAGCGGGGAGCACCCCCAAAGAUCCCAGGCGGUGCAACGUUGGUGUUUGAGGUGGAACUGCUCAAAAUCGAACGACGAUCCGAACUCUAGCCCAAAGGGGUGUAUGUGAGCGGGGCAGCCAAGAGGCCACCAGGGACCAGACUGUUUCAACAAACAUACAUAGGCGAAAAACAAACCAACAAAAAACCAAAACCCUUAAAA